AUUUCCAAAGAGAUCAUCCAACUUUAGGAUUAAUAGCUGGCAUGUUUGGAGUAGUGGGGGUUGUGUCUCCUUGAAGUGGAGCAUAAAAACUGGACUUCCCAACCCCCUUAUAUGGCUUUUCCCAGUGAGAGCAGUGGGAGGGGGAUAAGGGGCCAGGACCAGGAUAUUCUCACAGGAUGUGAUGGCUGGACAGCAGCCGGAGACGCUGCGAUGUGGAGGGAAGAGUCAGCUGAGAGAAAGAUUUUCGCUUGUGGCGUUGCUAUCGAUCGGCGAGUGGGUGUGUGAGGAUGUGAAAUCAACAUGGUCAGGAGGCUCGUGAAGAUUAGUCAUCAGCUGAAAGUGAGCACCAUGGCCACCUUCCAGCUGCUCUUCCUGCUGUUGGUCGGCUGCACGGCAGCGUCCGCUCGUCCUCCGCGACACCUCCCUCCAUGCCAAGUUGUCCAGAUGGAUGUGUUCUGCAGCGAUCUGAGCCUCAGAAGUGCACCGCUCAACCUUCCUCAUGGCAUCCAAAUGCUGGACCUCUCUCGAAACCAGGUGCAAAAUCUCACCCAGGAAACUCUGGCGUACCAUACUGGCUUCCAUCACCUGAAUCUCCACUCCAACAAGAUCCACUUCAUCCAGCCAGGCCUCUUCAAAGAUAUGACGGAUCUGAAAGUCUUGGAUCUGUCAAGGAAUCACCUGAAUGUUUUUGCGCACUCCAAAACAAACAUUGGCCCUCUCACGGCGGUGGAGUCACUAGAUCUUUCAAGCAACGGGCUGUACACGGGGAUGUCGGACUUCUUCCUUGCUGAAUCUCCACAGCUGACAAACCUUUCCCUGAGCAGCAACAGCAUCACCAAAGUAGCACAAAAUACCUUCAGUGGAUCCCUGUCCUUGAAAAAAAUCAGCCUCCACAAUAAUGUCAUCUUGGAGAUUGAAGAUGGAGCUUUUGACUCCUUAGAUAAUCUGACUGAACUCGAUUUGUCCAAGAAUUCAAUCACGUGCAUCACAGACUUCAACCUCUACAAUUUAGAGGUGCUAAAUCUCAGCAAAAACAGCAUGGAGCUUUUCCGCAGCUUACCGUCGUCUGACUUCUACAAACUCGUCUCUCUCGAUCUGAGUGAAAACAAAAUGCCCUACUUUCCUCUUCUUCCGGAGAACAACGUGCUGGAAUAUCUGGACGUUUCACGAAAUCAUCUUCAGAGCUUCAACGUAACGGGAAGCCCAGAAAAAAUGGCAAACUUGAUUUUUAAUCAACUCAGAUACCUGGACAUGAGUUACAACCAGCUUGAAAGCAUACCGGAAUGUUUUUUUCACUGCAUGGGAUCACUCGAGGUGCUGAAUGUGAGCAACAACUGUAUCAGCUCGUUUUCUGUCACCGAAGGCCUCCUCCAGAGAGUGAAGAUCAUCAAUCUCAGCAAUAACCCACUGAAAAGUUUGACUUUUGAUAAAAGCACUCUGCAGUCGCUGGAGAUGCUCUUCUUACAAGGAAACGACCUCACAACCCUGGAUCAUCAUGUAUUUCAAAGACUCCCAAGUAUCACACACCUGCAUCUGCAGCAGAACAAUCUGAAAAUCUGUGAGCAAAACCAGCAUGAACUAACGGACACAAACCACCAGGAUCCUCCCAACUGUGUGUCCUUUUCCUCCAUUCAAAACUUGGAGUAUCUGUACCUCUCUGAAAACAAUCUGAGGACUCUACCUGCAAACGCAUUCAUGAAAACCCCUCUUAAGUUUCUAGACUUGUCCCUGAAUCCGGGUUUGGACAUGGACAAGGACUCUCUGUCUGGUCUAGAGCAUUCCCUGGUUCACCUCCUCCUUCGGGAAAACAACAUUUCCAGUCUAAACACAGAUCUGUCCUCCCUGACAAACCUCAAAGAUGUAGAUCUGUCCACCAACCAGCUGACCACUCUGCCUAUAUGGAACAAAGAGUCCUCCAUUGAGUCCCUAAACUUGCAGAACAAUAACCUGGUCACGUUGGAGUACAGCACCAUGCUCGCUCUGGAGCACUCGCUGAAAACCCUCUACAUGGGCUCCAACCCUCUGAGCUGCUGCAGGAACCUCGGCUUCCUCUACAUGGUGCAGAACUCGGCGGUGGUCAUCCCCGACAUCGAGACCGUCACCUGCAUUUACGAGGAAUAUUCAGAGCCCGUCAACAUCGGGAAGGUGACGCAGGAAAUGUGUCAAAGACCGAACUUCCCGAACUACGUCAUUGUUGUUGUUAUGACGUUGCUAGUUGUGAUGAUCGUGUUGGGGCUCCUGGUUAAAUGUUGCCACUUGAGGAAACAAAAACACAACAGAAGCUUCAGCGCGUAAUAAAGGCCAUGAAGGAA